GUCACUUUGUUUUUGUUAAAACGUCACUUGCUUGGGGUUAAUUUUCUUCGUCUGCUUAGAAAAUGGUUUAAUUAUAGUAAUUUAUUAAUUAUAAUAAUACUAAAAACAGCUGUAUUAAUCACAAUGCCGGACGUUAUGAUAUCAGGUAUACCCGUCAGCUUUCCAUUUGAGCCUUAUGAUGUGCAGAAAGCAUACAUGGAGAGAGUGAUCGAAAGUUUACAAAACAAUACUAAUGCUUUAUUGGAAUCUCCAACUGGAACUGGUAAAACUUUGAGCUUACUGUGUUCCUCGUUAGCCUGGCUCAUGGUCAAGAAGGCUCAGCUGCAAAUGAAUGCUCAACUGGGCAAUUUUUCGGAGCACAGUGGCAGUGGAGGAUUCUCAGCCUCAUUAGGUGAGAAAUUAAAAUCUGGGGCAGGCAAAGCAAAGGACAACACAUCUUGGGGCAUGCCAAAAAUAAUAUAUUCAUCCAGAACUCACUCUCAACUAACACAAGCCAUGCAGGAAUUGAAGAGAUCAAGCUACAGACAUGUUAAAGCCUCUGUUCUAGGUUCAAGGGACCAAAUGUGCAUUCACCCAGAAGUGUCCAAGGAGACGAAUAAUAUGAAUAAAGUUCACAUGUGUCAGCUGAAAGUAAAAUCAAGAACUUGCUACUUUUAUAACAAUGUUGAAUCAAAGAAAGAAGACAGAUCUGUGAAGGGUGAUGAAAUAUUGGAUAUUGAAGACCUAGUGGCAGUUGGAAAAAAAAUGAAAUGUUGUCCAUACUAUUUAUCUAAAGAACUGAAACAAGAUGCUGAUAUUAUUUUUAUGCCUUACAAUUAUCUAUUAGAUCCUAAAUCGAGGAAAGCUAAUGGUGUUGAACUUAUGAACAAUAUUAUAAUACUUGAUGAGGCUCACAAUGUUGAGAAAAUGUGUGAAGAAUCUGCUUCUUUGCAAAUCAGAACUACAGAUGUUGCUGUAUGCAUCGAUGAAAUCACACACAUAAUGAGAUCUUUUAGUGAAAAUAGUGAAGAACAAAUGGAUGCAUCACUUGAUAACAAUCAGCCAAAAGACUUUACAUGUGAAGAUUUAUGUGUUUUAAAAGAAAUGAUGCUGGCAUUAGAGAAAGCUAUAGAUGAAAUUGAAGUGGGUAAAGAAGGUUCAACAUACCCUGGAGGAUAUAUCUUUGAAUUGCUUUCAAAGGCUGAGAUAAGGGAUCAUAAUCAGAUGUCAGUGAUAACUUUAAUGGAGAACCUUAUUCAGUAUUUAUCUACAGCCAGUGCAUCACCAUUUCAAAGGAAAGGUGUUGGUAUACAGAAGAUUGUUGAUCUCCUAAAUGUGGUCUUCAGUGGAACAACUCAUGCUUACAAAGAAAGAGUCAAGCUAUGCUAUAAGGUUCACAUUCAUAUUGAGGAUAAAAAAAAUAAUAAGAAAUCUGAUGGUUGGGGAGCUUUAAAAACUUCUAAUUCUAAAUCAGCUGAGAGAGUGCUAAGUUACUGGUGUUUCAGUCCAGGAUUUGGAAUGAAACAGUUGUUGGAUCAAAAUGUAAGGAGUAUAAUAUUGACUAGUGGCACCCUAGCUCCUUUGAAACCACUAAUUUCUGAACUUGCAAUUCCUAUUGGUGUGCAACUAGAAAAUCCUCACAUUGUUAAGGGAAACCAGAUCUGUGUCAAAAUCAUUAGCCAAGGUCCAGAUGCAGUGCAGUUAAAUUCAAAUUACCAGAACAGGGACAAUCCAAAAUAUAUUUCCUCUCUAGGCAGGACAAUAUUGAGUUUCAGCAGGGUGAUCCCUGAUGGACUUCUGGUAUUUUUCCCAUCUUAUCCAAUAAUGUCCAAGUGCCAAGAAAUGUGGCAAUCAGAAGGAAUAUGGUCAAACAUCAACAACAUCAAACCAAUAUUUGUUGAGCCACAACGAAAAGACACUUUUAAUUCUAUUAUUAAUGAUUACUACAGUAAAAUAAGUGAUCCAAGUACUAGAGGGGCUUGUUUUAUGGCUGUCUGCAGAGGGAAAGUUUCAGAGGGCUUGGACUUUGCUGACAUGAAUGGAAGAGCUGUUAUUAUAACAGGAUUGCCAUUUCCACCUUUAAAAGACCCAAGAAUUAUUCUCAAGAAAAAAUAUUUGGAAGAAUUAAGAGUUAAAGAAAAAGAUUUCUUGUCUGGUGAUGAGUGGUACUCUUUAGAAGCAACAAGAGCUGUAAAUCAGGCCAUUGGAAGAGUAAUUAGACAUCAGAAUGAUUACGGAGCCAUUUUACUUUGUGAUACCAGAUUUAAUAGCCCAAAAUUAAAAGGUCAACUGUCAGCAUGGUUGAGAGGUCACAUUAAAGUUUCAAACAAGUUUGGAGAGACAGUGAGUGAAAUAUGUAGAUUCUUUAAGAAUGCAGAAACAUCUUUGCCACCACCCAAAUUAAAGCCAUUGCUGCCUUAUGAACCUAACACUGGAUAUAAAGACUCAAGUUCAAGCUCUGCAUACCCUACAGGAGUAGCCUUUCCUGUUGCUAAUACUAGGACUGUAAAUAAGACAAGUAAAAAGUCAGUGAGCCAGUACCCAAAUUCAAAUGAGGUGUAUGCUGAUUUUUCAAUGGACUUUUAUAAAAAAGCCCAGUCUUCGGCCUAUGUCAGUGAAUUCAAACCAAAAGAAACAAAGGAUUUGUUCAAGGCAUUAGACAGCAGCAGUCAGACAUCACAAAAUACAUCACAAUCUUUAGUAACAAUCCAUAAGAGAAAUGCUGAGGAUGUCAGUAUGUCCGCUGCAGCUAAGAAAAAGAAGUUGAAGAUUAAACCAUUUGGUUUUGAAGAGAAUUUGAAUGGUAAUAGUGAAACUGCACCAAUUGAAGCAAUAGAAAAAGUUGCUCCAGUGUCACUGAUUGAUUUUGUAAAAGAAAUAAAGGCAUUACUUCAAGCUCAUCAAUAUAAACAGUUUCAAAUGUCUAUUUCUGGUUAUAAGAAGGAUGGAGACUAUUCCAUAUUUUUAAAUACACUUAAAAGUCUAUUAGAAAAUAAGAAACUGUUUUAUUUAUUUAAAGGAAUGAAAAGGUUUUUAAAAGAAGAACAUAAAACAGAUUUUCAAGAGUACUGUGAUAAUGUGAAGUUUGAUAGUUAAUAAUUUUAAACAAAUAAUUGAAUAUAUUGACAUUUUGCAUGUAAAU